UUUCCACAAACCCACCUCCUCACUGAGCCCGCUUUGUCAGUUUCCUCUUUCCAAUGCCAAAAAGCUCGUUGCUUGCCUCACAUUUCAUUCAGCGACCUUUUAAAAGUUGAAGGUACUGGCGUUACGCAUUUUUUGAUGAUGAAGUGAAAACUCCGCUGCGGGUGAAACGAGCGGGAAAUGCUUCAGUUCGACAGGUAGAUACGGUAGUGAGUAAGUUCAGUCAAAAAAUUCUGUGCGAUGAGGGAAAAAAGUGCUGUUUUACAGUUAAGUGCCUUGACAUGACUUGUCAAACCACCAUUCAACUUCUCCCAAAGAGCAGCGACAGGAAUAACAAAAAGGGUGUUCACCAGCUAUUAAAGUAAACCUGUACAAAGAAAAAAAGGAGUCUGGAAAGCAGCCCAUUAUGCUUCCAUUCCCGAAUAACUGCACGCUAUCUUCAGCUGCUUCUUACGAUGUUGACAAGGUGUAUGUCGUCCUGGCUGUAUCCACUGCUACCCUCUCUUUCUUCUUGAAUUUUACCCAGUUUAUUGUUAUCAUCCAUCAGCGGCUACUGAAGCAAAAUAAAAACAUCAUUAUCAUAAACCUUUGCGUCUGUGGCCAGCUCUCUUCCGUCACUGUCAUUUGGUACAUUUAUAAAGUCUUCGUGUUCUGGCACCAGGAACGCAUUAUAGACAAUUAUCUUCUGUGUUUUUUGCUACCAUCCGGGCUCCACUUACUGACCCUGUUCACCUUCACACCACUCAUUACGCUGUUGGUUUUACAACACCACCUGGUGGUGCGACCAAGGACGAGCAAGCGUUUCCAUACUAACCACCUGGUGAUUGGAUUAUUGGUGGUAUUGGCUUGGUGCGAGGCCGUCAUAAUAUCACUCAUUCCAUUAACAGGAUGGAAUAACUGGCACGAUAUCUGCUCGGUCCCAUUUGCAUGGUCUCCUUCCUUCUCCGUGCUGAUAUGCAUCAUUUACUUUUUACAUUACCCGAUGGUGAUUAUUUUACUGACAGAUUUGUGUCUUUGGUCUUCAAAGAGGAGGAGUUCCAUAUGCCCUCAGCCUCUGCAUAACAAAUUUAAUUACGAAUGCGGUGAACAGAAUAUGAUAGUGCAUGUGGAACCGAAACCAUUAUCAUCUCAAAAUGUAGUUCUUCUCUUCUUGUUAUAUAUAGCUGGAACGAUGCCAUUUAUGUGCUAUACGGCGAACGUUGCCCUUAGCCAAGAUAUGGACCUCUGUCAAUCGCUCGUUGCCAAUGAAAAAGCAGCAAUGUGGACAUCAUGGAUUACUGUAGUGUUCGCCGCUAUCCGUCCACUAUUUCAUAUCUUCGUUGAAGAUGAUUUAGGCGACGGUACAGCCACUUUCAUUUCCACAGUGUGCCGAAUCAAAAAUACGUACACCUAAAAAAUUAAACGAAGAUGGACUAGUUUACUAAUACCUUUGCUAUAUGUAGGUAAACAAAGAUUAAGCUUUUUUAUAGAUAUGAAUACAAUUUGUAAAACGCAGUCAAACCUCUUUAAGCCCUCGCAUGAAUAUCGCAUUACUUCUUUAAUUCCGCCAUGUUUUCACUAUCAUAGAUUAUCCUAAUUACUCAUAAAAAUUAUUUCGUUCACUCUUUUUUUCUCUGCUCUAGGGAAUAGUUUCGCUUAUUAUAUCAUUUUAACUUAAGUUUUUAUUUUGUUAUUAUUUUUCUUUCUGAUAAGACUAAUUAAUUUCCGAAACCUAUAAUAUGACAGGUUUUAAUGAAGUCCGAUGCAAUAAUACAACCUGAAUUCUGUUACCAUUCCUUUCUACAUGCAAUUUAGUCAGUAGUCUAACAUGAGGGUUAUAUUCUACACAAACAGACGCUUCCAAGUGUAGCUUACAAUCAGAAGUGUUUACUACUGAGCUUUCAUAGCUUGUUCUAUUUUUCACAAUUUUAAUUGAAAUAUCUCUAAAGUUUAUCAAAAUAAUUCAUCGAAAUCUAGAAAAUCUUGGAAUUUCAAAUAAUGAAAGUUAAAAAAACUUUAAUGAUUUAUUUUCGUUACCCGAUGGAAGAUUGUUAAUUCUAUCACCCGAUAAUGAUUGUGAAGUGUGAUAGACUGUGAAUCUGGUGAGAAAGAAUUGAUUCAGUUAGCGUUUAAAAACUUAAUUAUGUGAGUUAUUUCUUUACGACUUUUUGACAUUCCUCAUAAUGAUAUUUUAAAAAAAAUCAGAUGCAAUUUUAAAGACGCAUACUAAUGUACUACUUCAGACACAAUUCCAAGACUGAAGAUUCCUAGGCUUGACUGUAUAUCAAUCAAUAAAACGAAAAAAUAAAAUAUUUUUUACAAUUGUGUAAUUUUUGCCUGAAUUGUACAAAUUAUUUUUAAAUGUAAAAAUAUUUUAAGUUUAAUAAAGCUUUUAGAGAAAUUA